AUGCCCGGCACCCAGGGGCCCUUCUUCUUCCCCAUGGCCCACUUCGUCCUCUUUGUCUUCACGGCCUCCACCAUCUUCCACCUUCAGCAGCGGCUGGUGAGGAUCCAACCCCUGCCGGCCGCGGAGAGGCUGGUGCCCGUGGAACCUGAGGACAACGCCUCCAGCGCCCCGAGUGCACCGAGCGCCCGGAGCACCCAGAUCACCCCAGGCGCCCUGAGCACCCAGAUCGCCCCGAGCACCCCGAGUGCCUCUAGCGCCCGGAGCGCCACGAGUGCACCAGGCGCCACGAGUGCACCGAGCGCCCCGAGUGCCCCGAUUGCCCCGAGUGCCCCGAGCGCCCCGAGUGCCCCGAGUGCACCGAGCGCCCCGAGUGCACCGAGCGCCCCGAGCGCCCCGAGCGCCCCGAGUGCACCGAGCGCCCAGAGCACCCAGAUCACCCCAAGCGUCCUGAGCACCCCGAUCGCCCAGAGUGCCCCGAGCACCCCGAGUGCACCGAGCGCCCUGAGCACCCCAAGCACCCCGAGCGUCCGGAGCACUGCGCCCCGGGGCAUGUGGACCAUCAACGCCAUCGGCCGCCUGGGCAACCAGAUGGGCGAGUACGCCACGCUGUACGCGCUGGCCAGGCUGAACGGGCGGCCGGCCUUCAUCCCCGCCGAGAUGCACAGCACGCUGGCGCCGCUCUUCCGCAUCUCCCUCCCGGUGCUGCCGGCCGCGGCCCGCGGGCUCCCGUGGCACAACUACCCGCUCCACGACUGGAUGGAGGAGCGGUACCGCCACAUCCCCGGCGAGUACGUGCGCCUCACGGGCUACCCCUGCUCCUGGACCUUCUACCACCACCUGCGCCCCGACAUCCUGCGCGAGUUCACGCUGCACGACCACGUGCGCGAGGGGGCGCAGGCGUACCUGCGCGGUCUGCGCGGGCGCGGGCGCCGCCCCGCCACGUACGUGGGCGUGCACGUGCGCCGCGGGGACUACGUGCACGUCAUGCCGGAAGUGUGGAAGGGCGUGGUGGCCGACCGCGCCUACCUGCAGGCGGCGCUGGACCGCUUCCGGGCCCGGCACGAAGCCCCGGUGUUCGUGGUCACCAGCAACGGCAUGGCCUGGUGCCGCGAGAACAUCGACGCGUCCCGGGGCGACGUGGUGUUCGCGGGCGAUGGCGUGGAGGGCUCGCCGGCCAAGGACUUCGCGCUGCUCACGCAGUGCAACCACACCGUCAUGACCAUCGGCACGUUCGGCAUCUGGGCGGCCUACCUGGCGGGCGGGGAGACCGUCUACCUGGCCAACUACACGCUCCCGGACUCGCCCUUCCUCAAGGUCUUCCGGCCCGAGGCCGCCUUCCUGCCCGAGUGGUUUGGGAUCGCCGCCGACCUGUCCCCGCUGCUCAAGCCCUGA